AUGGAUUUGAACACAUCCUGUUCUCACAUCUAUUCACCGUCUGCGACCCAUCUGCAACCUUCAAGAUAUCUUAAGGAAGCUGCAGAGAUCUUCAGCCAUAUGGGGAACCAGCAAGACAGCCCUUCCUCAAACUCAUCCGAUGAGGAGAGGGCCUCUACGAACAUAAGGAAAACGACAAACAACAAAAACCUUCCUAAAAAAGAUCCCAAAAAACCAACACCCACCCAAAGGGAGAAGAAACCACCACCCAUUGUAUUUGACGGGUUACUGACAGAUAGGAAACUGAUUUCUUCAAUGAUAAAGGAAUUUACUUCAAAACCCUUCUUCUUCAAAUUUGGUAGAGAAUCCACCCUCCUCUACAUGGAUAACAACGACGACUUCGAAAUACUCAAGUCAAAACUCGAAAAUGACGAAGUAUCGUUUUACACGUAUACUCUUAAGAAGAAUAAGUCACACGCAUUCGUGCUGAGAGGCUUGGAUUUUAAGCCGGAACCCUCGGAGAUCAAGGAGGAUCUAGAGGAGGUCUACGAAAUGAAGAUUCGCGAGGUGUUCGCGCUUAACACGCGCAUCAGAAAACUAGUAGACAUCGCUUGUCACACCCAUCCAGUUAAACCAUCGGAAAUAACAGAGGGUAAAGACGGCGGCGCUUUUCCAGUUUUGCCCCAGACCCCAGUUGAUAUCCCCAGGGGACAUUACAUCUGA